AUGGCCGACGUGGAUAUCGAGCAGCUGUCUCCGACGCAGCGGGAGGCCCUGGAGCAGUACAUGCAGGUGACGAACCAGGAGGUCAAGGAUGCAGUACCACUGCUGGAAAGGUCACAAUGGAACGUGCAGAUUGGCAUUGCCAAAUUCUUCGACGGCGAGGGACCCGACCCAGUAGCCGAAGCCAUGUCAGCGCGCGAGAUACCUAGGGCAGCGGCACGACACGAGAACCUCCAGGAGAGUCUGUGGGAGGCAGCAGCACAACCUUCACGAACUUCCCGGAGGGACCGGACGGACGCAGCACCGCGGAUAGUCCCACGGCAACCGGAGACACGACGCCCGCCGUGGCUGGUAGGACUGCUCCUGGCACCGUUCGGAUGGGGAUGGACGGCGGCGACGGCCCUCUUCCGGACGGUGGCGUAUAUACUUUCGUUUCUGCCGGCGUCAGUACGGCCGCGUAUCCUGGCCAACAGUGCCGGGGCGCGGGGGAUACGCAAUAACAGUGGGCGGCGGAUGCUCAUGCCGCGCGACACGGCCGCGCGGUUCAAACGCGAAUUCGAGGAGGAGUACGGGACGGGCGAGAACCAGCAGCACCAGCUGCCCUUUUACGAGGGGGGAAUCGCGCAGGCGCACGAUCAGGCGAAGAAGGACCUCAAGUUCCUGCUGGUGGUGCUCAUUUCACCGGAGCAUGACGAGACAGACACGUUUGUGCGGGAGACGCUACUGGACGACUCAGUUGCCAGCUUCAUCCGCGACCCGUCAUCCAACAUUGUGCUGUGGGGCGGCAACGUUCUCGACUCGGAGGCGUACCAGGCGGCCACGGAGUACAGCUGCACCAAGUUCCCCUUCUCGGCGCUGGUGUGCCUGACGCCGCGCGAGGGGAGCAGCACACGCAUGGGCAUCGUCAAGAGGCUGACAGGCCCCAUGCCGGCCGAGACGUACCUGUCUGAGCUCCAAAACGCCAUGGACAAGUACGGCGGCGAGCUGGCGGCGGUCCGCGCCGACAGGUCUGCUCAGGAGGUGUCUAGGAGCCUACGGACGGAGCAGGACUCGGCGUACGAGCGGUCCCUGGCCAUAGACCGAGAGAGGGCGCGACAGCGGAAGGAAGCGGCCGAGGCGGCGGCCCGUGCCGAGAGGCUCGCGGCCCAGCAGGCGGAAGAGGCUGCCAGGCUGGAGGAGAAGAGGGCCCAGUGGAGACGGUGGAGGCAGGGCAGGCUUCUCGCCGAGCCGCCGGCGGGUGACAAGGACGUCGUGCGCGUGGCGCUCAUGAUGCCCGGUACGGGCAGGAGGGUUGUCAGACGCUUCCCCAGCGACGCCCCGCUCGAAGAGCUCUACGCUUUCGUCGAGUGCUACGGUACGGAAGAGGGGCAGGCAGAGAAGCCAGAAGACGGAUACGAGCACGAGUACAGGUUCCGCAUAUCGUCUACACUGCCCAGAGAGGUGUACGAGCCUAGUAAGGAGGUGACGAUGGGUCAGAAGAUUGGGCGCUCCGGGAAUCUUGUUGUUGAGGAGGCGGGGGAUGAUGAUGAUGAUGAAGAGGAUGAGGAUGAGGAAGAGGAUGGCGAGGAUGAGGAGUAG